GCUUCCGAGAAUCCACAGUAGCUAAAGGGAGGCGAAGAGCCGCGCGAGAUGCAUUGCUCUGAAGGGGAAGGGGACGGGGACGUCGCUGCGGACAGGCGCGGCGGGAGAAGGGGGAGAAAGUAACUGGCCGGCUCAGAGGACGGGGAAGAAAAGGAGCGAAAGUGUCCAGUUUAAAGGGAAAGGCCGUCUAAGACCGCGAAGGCCUGAAGGAAGAAGGAGUCGACAAGCAGGGGGUGCUGUGAGCCAUGCCCCAUAGCUCCGACAGCAGUGACUCCAGCAGCUUCAGCCAGUCCUCUUCAUCCAGCAAACAGGACUCUUCUGAUGAAAUGAGGAAAGUGCAAAGAAGAGAAAAGAAUCGCAUUGCAGCUCAGAAGAGUCGGCAGAGACAGACCCAGAAAGCAGAUCACCUGCACUUGGAGAGUGAAGACUUGGAGAGACAGAAUGCUGCUUUGCGGCGAGAAAUCAAACACCUAACAGAGGAACUGAAACACUUUUCCACAGUGUUGAAUUCCCAUGAGACUCACUGCUCAAUUCUCCAGACACAACCCACGGUGCCUUCAGAAGUGCUUUUUACCCCACUUGCUUUUCCUCAAAGCCAUAUCAGCUCCUCUUGUUUCCCACACUGAUAUCAACAGUAGGACUGAAAAAAAGCUUGGAUUCCAUGCCUAGAACAAUGAGAGGAGGGGGUUUCUCCCUAGGACAGCUCAGAAUAUCCUCAUGUCUCUGUUUAGCAUAAUGAGGAGUCAAGAUGUCUUGGAUCCGGCCUCGGUUGCAUAUCAGGAUACAAAAGAAGUGUUUCUGCAAAGGGCUUGCUUUGGGGAAUGAGAUCCAGAGAAUAAGAUAACCACAUAUUUCUGUUACUUGCACUGAAGUUCUGCAUAUUGAAGUGUGUUCUUUUGCAAAACGCGUAUUCUACUGACUUUAAAAAUGCAACUCUCAGGAAGUGACUAAAAUUAAUUCAUUAUUUUCCUAAAUAAAAUUUCUUUUUUUUAAAAAAACAUUUUAAAGUCUGAUUUUUGCUUUCAUUUCUAUCAAUUCCUCCCCUACCCCAUUCCAAACCCUUAAUCAAUGGACAAGAAAAACUUUAGGAAUUGUAGAAGUCUGUGAGCCAAACAUUGGUUGCAUUAGCACAGCACAACAAAUCACACAGCCACAUUUUAGCUUUGUGUGUCCUGUAGUCCUAGCUUUGCAGUUAUUGAAUUAAUUCUGAAAAUGAUUCACCAUGGAUGACUUGUAUGACUGCAGCCACAAGAUUAAACUGAUCAUAUUUUAUUUUUAUUUAUAUCCUACCUUUAUUGUAUUUUUAUUUAAAAAACUCAAGGCGGUGAACAUAUCUAAUACCCCUUCCAGUU